ACGGGAAACAAGUUUUAGAAGGGAGAGAUUAUUGAAAUAUUGGACCGGUUUUCAUGUAGUCUGGAAACUUCCCGAGCUGAUUCCCACCUUCAACCAAACCGGAACUACCACCGACCCACCGUUAGGCAAUGAACCGGAAGAGCCCAUCAUGAAGUUGUGCCGCGACUCCAGUGUGGCAGUGAGAGGGAAAACAGGGAGAAGGAAAUGGCGCCAAAGAAGGAAUCUCCACCUGCAGAUUCUCAUGGAAUGUUCUCCGGAAUGGCCGUCUUGUUAGUCGGAGAAGGUGUCCAAGCUCGCCGGUUACAGAUAUGGAAGCAGAAAUUGGUGCAGAUGGGAGCGAGUAUCGAGGACCAAUUUUCCAGAAAGGUUACGCACGUUUUCGUCAUGGACUCCGAUUCGCUUCUCAAGGAGCUUGAUCGCGAGCGGCUGAGUCGUUACAAAACUAAAGUACUCCUAUAUCAGUGGCUAGAGAGCAGUUUGAGAGAGGGAAAAGCGGUGCCUGAGGAUUUAUAUGUCAUAACACUCAAAUCUGGAGGAGGGAAAAUUCAAACUUUAUCUGCAGAACAUAAAAGCUGCUCUGAUGAACAGAUUCCAAAGAAGAGCAGAAUCUCUUCUGAAAGAGAAAAUGUUGCCAGCCCAGAACGCAAUACAGACACUGAAUACUACAAUGGCAGUUCAUGUGACUCGGAUAGUAAAUCACAUAUUUCAGGCCCAGAAAUUACCAGUGAAGUUGCCCUUAGUCAUCAUGAUAAUGUUGACAUCACUUCAGAUUCAUCAUUUAUUUAUAAACCUCCUGACUUAAACAAGAAUGUCACUGAGAUAUUUGGAAAGCUCGUCAGCAUCUAUAGAGCACUCGGUGAUGAUAGGAGGUCAUUUAGCUAUAACAAGGCCAUCUCAGUUAUUGAGAAACUGCCUUUCAAAAUUGUGAAUGUGGACCAGGUCAGACACCUUCCUAGCAUUGGAAAGUCAAUGCAGGAUCAUAUUAUGGAGAUAGUGAACACUGGGAAGCUAUCCAAAUUGGAGAACUUUGAGAACGAUGAAAAGGUUCAAACAAUCAACUUAUUUGGAGAAGUAUGGGGCAUUGGUCCAGUUACUGCUCUAAAACUCUACGAGAAAGGGCACCGAACCCUAGAUGACCUAAAGAAUGAGAAAUCCUUGAUAAAUUCCCAAAAGCUAGGUUUAAAAUAUUUUCAGGACAUCAAAACAAGGAUCCCACGGAAAGAGAUUGAAGAGAUGGAGCAACUUUUGCAGAAGGCUGGAGAAGAGAUUUUGCCUGGAGUAAGGAUUCUGUGUGGGGGAUCAUAUAGACGUGGAAAGGAAUCCUGUGGGGAUAUGGAUAUAGUUAUUACUCACCCUGAUGGAAAAAGUCAUAUAGGCUUUCUUUCAAAGUAUGUAAAACAUCUGAAAGAUAUGAACUUUUUGAGGGAAGAUUCAGUCUUCAGUGUUCACAGUGAAGAGGGUACAGAUUCAGGAGUAGACACAUAUUUUAGUCUCUGCACUUAUCCCGGUCGUGAAUUGCGACAUCGCAUUGACUUCAAGGUGUACCCAAGAGAUAUAUAUGCAUUUGGCCUGAUAGCAUGGACAGGAAAUGAUGUUUUGAACAGGAGGCUUAGAUCGUUGGCAGAAACAAAAGGGCUUUCGACUGGAUGAUACAGGGUUGUUUCCUGUUACUCAGAGUUCCCACAGGAAACAAGGGAAAAAGGGGGCUAGCUUGAAGUUUGACACCGAAAAGCAGGUCUUUGAUUUCCUAGGAUUUCCCUGGCUUGAAUCUCACCAGAGGAACCUAAGAAAUUCACAUCAUGUACCUAACGAAGGCAUAACAUAUGAUGACAAAAAUGGGGGCCUUUUACGAGGUAAUGAGAAUAUCCCCUCCACUUUGAGACAGUUUGUUCUAUUUUGAAAAAAGAAAAUUUUUGUAUGAGA